UAAAAUAGAGAGAUAUAGCUUCUAAUAGGCGAGUCCAACACCGUCGUCUUCUGAAGCAAAUCCACUACCGCAAUUCGCCCAAUUCCCAUUUGUUUGUUAAUUUUUUUUUUUAGAUGCGAAGCUCCUCUUCUUGGUCCCAAUCCUCCGUGCGUAAGAGUAUUUUGGCGAAUCAUUGAAAAUUUGGCACGGUGGAGAGAUGAGUAGCCGCUAUUUGACAGGUAAAGCAAGGAAAUUAAAGGAGCUUACGCUCAAAAGUGAUAAUCGGAUUUGUGCAGACUGUGGUGCACCAGAUCCCAAAUGGGCGUCGGCUAACAUUGGAGUAUUCUUAUGCUUAAAGUGUAGUGACAUUCACAGGAGCCUUGGGCCUGAUGUUUCAAAGGUUCUGUCAGUGACAUUGGACGAAUGGUCAGAUGGUGAUAUCGACUCUAUGGUUGAGGUUGGUGGAAAUUCUUAUGCCAAUUCAAUUUAUGAGGCUUUUCUUCCUAAACGAUAUCCAAAACCUAAAGCAGAUUCGAGUUAUGAGGACAGGAGCAACUUCAUUAGGUCGAAAUAUGAGUUACAAGAAUUUUUAAAACCGAGCUUGCGUAUUGUCUCUUCAAAGAUGUCUUUUAGAUCCUUUGAUUCUAUGAAGAGCUCAGAUAGCAGCUUUGUUUCAGAUACUUCAAAGAAAGAUGAAGUUGAGAGAGAGUUCAUUGGAGAAUUGAAAGUUAAAGUUAUAAGAGGAACAAACUUAGCUGUGAGAGAUAUGCUGUCAAGUGAUCCAUAUGUCGUUCUUACCCUCGGGCAGCAGAAAGUUCAGACAACAGUUAAAAAGAGCAACCUGAAUCCUGUGUGGAAUGAAGUGCUUAAAUUUUCAGUUCCGCAACAUUAUGGACCUCUUAAGCUGGAAGUAUAUGAUCACGAUGUGUUCACCGCCGAUGAUAUCAUGGGAGAAGCAGAGAUAGACCUUCAACCGAUGAUAACAGCUGCAAUGGCCUUCGGAGACCCCUCGCUUCUGGGCAACAUGCAGAUCGGGAAGUGGUUCAAGACCAGUGACAACGCGCUUAUUAAAGAUAGCACAGUCAAAAUAGUUGAUGGGAAAGUAAAACAAGAAGUGUUUCUAAAGCUACAGAAUGUUGAAUCAGGAGACUUAGACCUAGAACUGGAAUGGGUUCCUCUAGAUCAAUAAAAUUUUCGAUACUUGGUUCGUUACUGUUUAUUUGAACCAUACUAACAUUAUGGAAUUUGUAUCUGAUUGGCCCAUCUUUUACUUGCUUUGUCGGUUUUUUUUUAUAAAUAUAUAAAUUUGAGGGUGUAAACAUGAUGUAGAGUAUCUUGGUGUCAUUAGUCAGAUACAAUAAGUAAUGUUUGAGGUUGAAUUAUGCGUUCUUAUUGGAAGAUUCUGUAGCAUAUACAAAGCAACAUUGGCUUUAUUUUUUUCCCUUUUUUGUAUUCUUAUUUAUAAUCUU